ACCGUCUCCUCUCACACAUUUCGCUAUAUCGCAUCUCACAAUUUAUGGAACAGAUCAAUUCGCAUUGCUGAUGCUGCUGCUACGCGAUAAAUGGUAUAUUAUUACCAGGCACGCAGACAACGGCAGCCAGUACUAGCGAAUGCAACCGGCUAUCCGGCUCUUGGGGUUGCCAAGAAAGACCGUAAUUAAGACGCCGUCCGGGCUCCCAAUUAUUUAUUUUUUAUUUUUUUAUUUUUUUUGUCUGCUUGGGGGACACGACCACGUCGAGGCUGUUUUAGGUACAUAUUCGCAUAUCUCCUAGCAUGUAUCAUUCUAUGAUACUUCCACGCCGUCGUCGAGUUUACUUCUUCUUUCCCAUCAUCAUCGCCUUGGUGCUUCUUAGCCCUCCCAUCUGGCCAUCCGUAAGACAAUUCGGGGACCGAGUGCGCCAAACUUUGCCUUUCGCCUACCAGUGGAAAGUUCAACAAGAAUUCGUACCUACUCAACAUGAGCUCGAUUGCUUGCACGGCCUUACCCCUCGAUUAGCCACCGACAGCAAUAAACCCAUAGAUCCGAUACCCAACCAUGUUCACUUCAUAUACGGACUCAGCAACCCUUACCUCAAGCCUAGUGCAGGUACCUUCGACUUUCUCUGCUAUCUCGCUGUACGAAGCGCCAUCGUGGGUAUGAAGGCAGAGAAGAUUUCUCUUCAUUACACAUAUCUUGCGGAUCCACCGUCACCCGAACCGAAUGCAUCUCCCCUAUCAAACCCAUGGAUACGUCUAUUGAAGGAUGAUAUCGAACUCGUCUACCAUCCGCCCGAAGAGAUUGCCGCUCUGAAGAGCUCUCCCGAUGUGACAUGGCAAGCCGCACAUGUCUCCGAUAUCUUGCGCUUAAAGCUUCUCCAAGAACAGGGUGGUAUCUACAUGGAUAUGGAUGCAUUUGGAUUCCGACCCUUUACUUCCCUUCUAAAUUCCUCACGCGAUAUAAUAUUAGGCCACGAGGGUGGGAACCGUGGGGGUCUAUGUAACGCUAUCAUGGUCGCUCGAAAAAACAGCUCGUUUAUUGCGAGAUGGCUUCGAGAGUAUAACGGCGCGGAUCUUUCCAAGGAGUGGAAUUACCAUAGCGUUGUCCUUCCUAAGGAGUUGGAAUUAGAACACCCGGACGAGGUCUGCACGUUAGCACCGAAUGCGUUUUUCUGGCCGACUUGGACCUGGAGCCAUAUCGAAUUCAUGCAUAAGCAGCUGAGCUCGGACGAAGCGCGUAGGUGGGCAGCGGAGAUAGAUAAGAACGGCGGCAGCCUUUACGAGGAUCAACUCGCCUACCACGCGUGGAGUCAGAUGGCUUGGGAGAGACAUCUCAGCAAGUUGACUCCCGAGAUCGUGAGGACACGUGACACGAGAUUUAACAUUUUGGUUCGAGACUUCUUACAGGACAAUCUAGCAGUUCACCAGAGUUAGAAAGAGUUUUGUCUUGGUUGGGUUCACAUCAUGUCCACGGAGUUGGCUAGCAUAACGUUUAGUCUUGUAUAGUUGAGGGUCCUAAUAUUAAUAUGGGUAAGCAUCUAAAACGAUAGACGGUUGAGUGGUAAUUUCGUAGUCUUCCAUCUACUGCUUCUAGGUACAUGAUAAAUCAUGCUACCUUAGUAGGAGCGGUAUAUAUCGUAGGUCCCUAACGUAGGUACCUGCCUAAUAUAUGCACUUAAAACAACUCUUAAUAACAGAUCUGCAACAGCCAA